AUGAUGAGAUUCGCUGCAUAUGCGGGGAUUCUCACAAAUCUAUGCCUUCUCAUAGUCGGCUUCCUCCUAUUCGGUCUCCAAAGGCUCCUGUAUGGCCGCUUACGACCCAUCGAAACAGAACAGCUUUAUGAGAAAGCCUGGUUUGCUGUGACGGAGACAUGUCUCGCAAUGACUAUUUUUCGAGGAGAAUUGGGUGGCUGGUUUGUCGUCAUGUUUGUCUGCCUUCUCGUCGGAAAGGUUUGGGGUUGGAUUGGAGAAGGUCGAGUAGAGAUUCUCGAACAACAGCCCCCAAGUAACCCCCGCCUUUUCCACACGCGGUUGGCGAUAUCACUCCUUUUGGCUGUAUUUUUCAACACUUUUAUGCUUGAAUAUGCAGUAAAAACUGUACUCCGCCAAGCUAGACCGGAUAUGAUGGUGACGUUCGGGUUUGAGUUUGCGGUUCUUACAAUAUUAUCAACGUCGACCACGGCUCGGUACGCACUUUCUCUUGCCGAAAUCUACAUCGUCCGCCAGCAAAAGCGGGCUAGGCGAAUUGAGAGAAGAGCUGAAAUACGCGCUUCGAGAGAAGAGAUUUUGCGGACAUGUCAGGCCACCGGCGCAGAACCUCCUGUGGAUCUGCCCAACGAAGAUGAUCUUGAAGAAAUGGAGUUGGAUGUUCCAGGAUGGGAAGAAAAAGGGCGUUGCAUUUUCUACCUUGAUCUUGUUACUGAUUUUUUUAAACUCAUUGUUUACCUUUCCUUCUUCGCCAUCCUCUUCACAUUUUACGGUUUGCCAAUACAUAUACUAAGGGAUGUCGUAUUGACAAUGAGGUCAUUUACAAAACGCAUCUUGGAUUUCAUACGUUAUCGGAAUGCGACAAGGGAUAUGAACCAACGAUAUCCAGAUGCCACCGCAGACGAAAUCGCUCGAGAAGAUGUUUGCAUAAUAUGCAGAGAAGAAAUGCAACCCUGGCAGCCGCCUGGGGCUGCGAAUGAUCACCCUCCUCCAAGCCGUACUGCUGGGAGAGUGUCUGAGCGACUACGUCCCAAGAAACUGCCUUGUGGGCAUUUACUUCACUUUGCAUGUCUGCGUAGUUGGCUCGAGCGCCAGCAAAACUGUCCCACCUGUAGACGCCCGGUAACCAUAGCCGGAAGAGGCCAUGGCCAUGAAAGUGAGAAUGCAGCCGCAAGGGCCAAUCAGCGUCACGGUGAGAAUGGCCUCGAUCCGGGUGGAAGGCCCAGGGCGUGGGUGGUUAAUCUUGGUCCACUUCGUGUUGGGUUUGGUGCUGGACGAGGAGAUCAGUUUCAAGACAUGGCUCAGCAACUAAAUGCUGCUCAAACGCCUGCUAACCGAGGGACUCGUCCAAAUCUGCCAGAGACAAACCGGCAACCCGCAGCCCCCAAUCCCGGUUUCGCACAUCCUACUCCGCUGAGCUCAGGGUUCACUAGCGCCACCAUCCAGAACCAAAUCUUUCAUCUUGAACAGCAGAUCAACCAGGAAAUCAAUUCGCUUUUCGCAGCCUCUGAUCAGCUCCAGGUUGUGAGGUUACUCCAAGCCGAGCUGGCUCGGCUUCGCUCUAUCAGUUCAAAUCGCUCAACUGGUCUUUCAGUCCCUCACAAUCCUAUCCUUUCAGGCCCAUCAAACCCGAACCCACUUGAUUUCCAACAACACCUUGCGCCCAACACACAUCCUGUCAACCCGAGCUCUGUGGAGAACCCCUUGCCCGAGGGUGUCAGAUUGCCCCCUGGGUGGACGUUGCUUCCCUUGCAAACCGCCCACUCUCAAACCCAAGGUUUGAACUCGCCAUUUAACAAUCUUUCUUCCCCCCACCAACCUACAACUUCGAUACCAGCUUCUUCAAGUUCACAACUAUCCUCAGGCUUGCCACAAGUAAUUUUUGAUGGUGGGCCUUUACAUCCAACUGGCAGCUCCCUGACAAGUCAUUUUGGCCGGGAGGGACAGACCAGUUUCAAUAAUGGAAUCGCGAAGAACACAAUACGACCUCCGGAUCAAGACUUGCGGAGCCAAUCAGCAUCUCCGCCACUAGAUUGGACUGAAAUCAAACAGGACAGGAAUAUCGACAACACCACCAUGUUAGAAUCACAGAAUACCUUUCCCAAAAGCUCACCGCAACGAUCUCCUAGUGAUGCUGACGACUCCUUAUCCUCGGCCCCCGAUCCGGAAGCUAUUAAAGGAAAAUCAAGGGCUGCUACAGUGGAAGAUUUGGAAGAAUAA